AUGAUUAUAUUAUUUGCUUUUAUUUUAGCAAUUCAAAAUGUAAUAGGUUUGAAUAUCCUAGUAUAUUCUCCAACUUUUGCUAAUAGUCAUAUGAUAUUUUUGGGACAAUUAGCUGAUACUUUAACAGAUGCUGGACAUAAAGUGGUGAGUGAAAAUGUUUCUAAAAAAAACUAAAUAUUACUAACAAGGGAAGUGCAUAGGGUUAGGUGUUGAACUUUUGAUGAAACGUUCAAAAUAAACCAAAUCGACCAUGCUGAUCACGAAUCCGAAGUCAAAAAUUGCCACAAAUGCCUGUGAGCACUUUUCUGGAGCUCCAAAGUUGAAAUUGAGUUUUGGUUUUCGUCCAUUUUCACCAUGUUCCUGGGUGGAAAAUCAAUUUCUAUAACAUGAAUAAGGUUGUUCUUCACAUUCGAAAACCUAUCCGCUUUUCAGUUCUUCGAAAAAUAUGAAAAACCAGCUGAAAACUGUAAUUUUCGAAAAUGCACGAAAAACUUUGAAAAACGUGUGUAUUUACGUGUGAUUGUGUGUAUUUUCAGGAUAUGCUUAAAAGUUGCAGUUUUCAGCUGGUUUUUCAUAUUUUUCGAAGAACUAAAAAGCGGAUAUGUUUUUGAAUGUGGUGAGCAACCUUAUUCAUGUUAUAAAAAUCUAUUUUCCGCCCAGAAACAAGGUGAAAAUGGGCAAAAACCAAAACUCAAUUCUAACUUUGGAGCUCCAGAAAAGUGCUCACAGGCAUUUGUGGCAAUUUUUGACUUCGGAUUCGUGAUCAGCAUGGUCGAUUUGGUUUAUUUUGAACGUUUCAUCAAAAGUUCAACACCUAACCCUAUGCACUUCCCUUGUAAAAUAAUUAAUUCAGACACUGUUGGUUCCAGUUUCUGAUCAAAGUCGUAGAAAUGCAUCAAAUGUUCAAUCAACAAAAGAUAUUGUUUUUGUUGAUCAUGACGAAGAAAUGCAAAAAAUAAUGAAACCAACUGAUUCAAAUAUGGAAACAGUUUGGAAAGCAGAUGCAACACCAGAAAGUAUGUUGGCUGUUCAAGCAUGGUUCAAAGUAUUAAUGGAAAAUACAUGCAUCAAUUUUCUUCGAAAUCCAACAAUAUUCGAUGAAAUGAAAAACAAGAAGUUUGAUGUUGCAAUUUUAGAACCAUUAUCAGUUUGUGGUAUGGGAUUUAUAAAUAAAUUGGGAAUUGACAAAUUUGUUCUAACAUCGUCUUGCACAUUUUUCGAAUUUUUAUUGCAAUAUAUUGGAGAAAUUGAAGACACAAGUUCGGUUCCAUCAUUUUAUUCAACACAUGGAGAACAAAUGACAUUACAUCAACGAUAUGAAAAUUAUAGAUGGAGUAGUGUAAGUUAUCCAUUUUAUGAUUAAAAAAUAACAUUAUUUUACAGUUCCUCCGUUCAACAAUUGAAGAAAUGUUCGAUGCAGAAGAAGCUGUUUAUAAAAAAUACCUAGGAAACGAAGUUACUUCCUGGAGAGAUUUACUUCCAACUGCUUCUUUAUACUUCACCAAUUCUAAUCCUUAUGUUGAUUUUCCUAGACCAGUUAUUCAAAAAACUGUUCCAAUUGGUGGAAUAAGUGUGAAUCUUGAUAAAAUACGAGCUGAAAAAUUAUCAGAAGAAUGGAAUUCGGUUUUGAAUCUUCGAGAAAAAACAUUGUUAAUUUCAUUUGGAAGUAUGGCAAAAUCAAAAGAAAUGCCAAUUGAAUGGAGAGAUAAUAUAUUGAAAGUUAUUCAAGCUUUUCCUGAAGUAACAUUUAUCUGGAAAUAUGAAUCAGAAGAUUUGGAAUGGGCUGGAAAAACAACAAAUAUACAUUUCGAUAAAUGGGUCCCUCAAAGAGCACUUCUUGGUAAGUAUUUAAACGAAUUGAGACGCUAAUAUGAAUGAGAUAUUUUCAGCUGACAGUCGUGUAACCGCUUUCCUGACUCAUGCAGGACUUGGAAGUAUAAAUGAAUUAGCGCAUUGUGGAAAACCAUCAUUAUUAGUACCACUUUUUGGAGAUCAAAAAAGAAAUGCAAAUAUGUUAGCACGACAUGAUGGAUCAAUUUUAUUCGAUAAAUUCGAGUUGGAUAAUUUCGAUAAAUUGAAACAAGCAGUCAAAUCGAUUUUAUACGAGGAUAUAUAUCGGAAAAAUGCAGAGAGGUUGGCCGAACUUAUAGAGAAUCAACCAAAUAAACCAAAAGAUCAAGUAAUCAAAAAUGUAGAAUUUGUGGCAAAAUACGGACCAUUUCCAAAAAUGGAUCCCUACAUCAGACACCUAAACUAUUUCCAAAAAACCCAUCUCGAUAUUUUCCUAGUUUAUUAUAUUUUACCAACAUUACCAAUUGUUUUCGUAGUGUCUUUCAUAGUGUUCAAAUGUUUAUUGUGA